UCUUGUGGUGGGAGAUUGCCCUAUCUUUUGAGGCAGCUGUGUUUAAGGCGGCUUACGCUGCCUUUGUCGACCCCAAGCAAUCGAACGAGACCAAGAAAGCAGCAGCCAAGGCCAAUCGGAAAGGCGCAUCGAUUCCUAACGCCGUUCGAGCCUCUCUUGAGCUCGUCGCCGAUCAGAGCAUGACGAGCUUCGCGGCGUUCUCAAAAGCGGGUUGCAACUCGCUGUUGGCAUGCGGAGCUUCCGCAGCGAUGCUGUGCUUCCCUCUUCUUCUUCAGCUAAGGUUCAUCAGUUUUAUGGCCGAAGUCUCGGCCCAUCAACGUCAGAAGGAGGCUGAAGUUGGCACAGAAAAUACCCUUCGAGUCUACCUGAUUAGCUCACGCGACCUGAGAUUAUUGGACUCCUGCCGUCGUAUCUGCGUCCUCUUCGCUUUCGUCUUGCUUGUGUUCAUCGCGAAUCCCCAAGAACCACAAACCUUUGUCCUCGUUCUCCCUUUGGUCCUCCAUACAGAUGAAAAACUGGCCAAGCUGUGGAAGGCCAUGGCCGAUACAGAAUCCGCUUGGGUAUUCCUACACAUGCAGUAUCCGUUGCCAGAGCAAGGUCCCCACCAAGAGAUCACAUACAACUCGAUCAGCCACCCAAAACCCGCAUUAGAAAUUCCUGAGGCCAUGGAGAGAAUGUAA